AUGCAGGGCAGUGUGGGUUCUCCAAACACUCCCUUCUUUCCUUCGUGGGACUGGAAGGGGCCCCCGGGGCCUCUGGAGCUCAGCCAGAAUUCCUCCCCACAGAGCCUGUCUCCGUCCCCUUCUUUUGAAUCCUUUGCCUCUUCCCCCUACCCCCUGGUUGUGGAGAUGACCUGUACCAACAGUAGCCAUGGCAACAGGGGUGACGGUGGCAGCAGCUUGAGGGGCUACCCCUUGAUGGAGUUGCCUUCCAUGCGUCUCCCAAGCCCUGGACAAGGAAAAGGUCCAAAGAGCUCCAAAGUCAGGAUGUCCGUUCAGCGCCGGAGGAAGGCCAGCGAAAGGGAGAAGCUGAGGAUGAGGACCCUGGCGGAGGCGCUCCACACGCUGCGCAACUACCUGCCUCCCGUCUACAGCCAAAGGGGCCAACCCCUCACCAAGAUACAGACCCUGAAAGGCACCAUCAAGUACAUCAGCGACCUCACAGACCUGCUGAACAAUGUCAAACCAGUUCAGAUGCCCUGA